CUACCACUGACGUGUUGCUCGCUGUCAAAAACAACUGAUAUGAAAAAUAAACUCUCUCGCCGAAUGCGUACGCGGAGUAGUUGGACCUUGUUUUCUUAAAAUGUGUAAAACGACAAUAAAAAUUAUCGUUUAAAUGUCUAAGGAGAAAUGUUUGGAGGCUGAAGCAACUAGGGGUCUUGAGAUUAUUUACGAACAAAUCACAGGAAGGUUAUGUUUGUGAGCUUCCCAAAAUAUUUAAUUCUACAACAAUCCAGUGAAUUAUAUUUUGAACAUUCCCAAGUACUCACGCUUGUUGGUAGAAGGGCAGGCAAACAAAUUGUAACGGCAUGAUUGAUCGGCUGUACAAGCUGAUGUGGCUUGUACUGCAUAUACUAGCCAGCGUAUAUGAAAUCUUUAGUUUUCUAAUAUUGCGUUUGCAAGGUUUAGUACUUUGGUCAUAUGACCUAUGGCACAAUAGUGCGGCGAUAACCUGCCGCGACCGCGCGUAUUUGCAACGCUGCAAAGCUGAAUUAACGAAAUUACCAAAACAUCUCAAUUUGAUCAUUGGGCCUGAUUCACUUGCACACGUAAAUGAAGCGGUUUUGGAACGCAUUUUCACAUAUGCUCACAUUGUCGGCAUCGAUUGCGUCAGUUUAUAUGACGUGCGUGACGAAAGUAUGGGACAUAUUGUCCUGGAAAAAGUAUUUAUGGCACAAAAAGCAUUUUGGAAGGAGUUACGACCAAACCAAUACGAAUGGAGCCUGCCGGAGUAUGAGCCAAAGGGCCAAAUAAAAGACGAAUGCAAUAGUAAUGGAUAUGUGGGGAAUGGUUCAAUUAGUAAAAAUGGCAGCGCGUGCAAUGGCGAUAGUUAUGACAAAAAAGCACACGCAAAUUUAAAAAUUUAUAAACUUACCGAGCAGCACAAUCGUCCUCUGAUAGUUAAAAUCUGCCGUAAAUUAUUUGAACAUCGUAAUACCUCUAAUGUGCAGCACUUAUUGGAAGACCGUAAACAACUCGAGCAACACAUUAGUGAUGAAGUAGCACAACAUAUGCAAUGGAAAUUUGUAGAUCCAGAAUUGAGUAUAAUUUUCAACAGAGAUACGUGCACUUUCGGGGUGUUACCAUGGCAGACAAGAUUCACAGAAUUCCAUACAUUCGAGACUGGGCGAUACAUGAAUGCAGAAAGCUUCGCCAAAGUGCUGUAUAAAUAUUCAAAAUGUGAACAGCGUUGGGGAAAAUAGGUUUUUAAAAAAUUAUGGGCAACUAGUGCAAGCACGAAAAUUAUGAGAUGGGGAAACUAUUUUAAUAUAUAAAUACAUUAGUAUAAGAAAACAAUGUGUGCGCGUGAUAAACUGCAUUGAUAGUAAAAAAUUCACUCAAUUGAAUCGGUUGCACACAAACAAUUAAAUUAUACUAGAAAUAUGUAUAAUUGUAUAAAUUACAAUUUGAUAUGUACUAUUUUUUGGUUUGUUUUCAAUUAAGUUAAAUGUAUAGAACUAUUUGAAUCACAUUUUUAUUACCAUACAAAUGAUAAUGAGCAAAAGCGGAAUAUAAAUACAUACAUAUAUGAAAUUGAAUAAAAAGUUGAUUUGCGAAUAAAUAUGCGUUGACUAAAAACGCAUAGAACAUUUAAAA